UUUAUAAAUGUACAAACGUACAUUUACAAUAUAAAUAUUAUACACAGCAUAAGAGACAACCUUUUUGUUAAAUCGCUGAAAUUUGAAUUUCGAUUUUUAGUCGACGAUUUUCCACUUAAGUGUACAGUAGAUUUAUACGCAAUUCGAGAAGGUGUUAAUAGUGUGCUUACCAUUUUUGUUUAAUUACUUUUUGUUGCGAUAGAACGAUGAGAAUAUGAACAGUGUCACAUUUAAUUGUGAAAAAUUAAUUAACUGCAGUUAAACGUUUAUGAGAUUUUUUUUUCUUGUUAGUUAAUAACAACAUAUUGUGUGAUUGCUGAGUGCAUAAGAAUGAGCGAAGAAUUAAUGUUUAACGGUCGUGUCAUUGAUUUAUAUUUUAGACGAUUUAUCGAAUAAUUCAACGGAUUUUUUUUAAAAACAUUUUCGUAAAAUGAAGGCAUUUGUUAUACUAGCCGCUUUGAUUGGAGUGGCUUUGCCAACGACCCCUUUGAAUCAAUGUGAUAAAUGUGAGUCCGAUUUCAAUAGCAGCAAUGGACCAAUUUUAUUCAAAUCGAAACACAAUGCCAGCAAAUUGGCUAACUUUACAUCGAAAGUUAAGGGCAUGCACUAUGUGUCGGUGGGCGGUGGUGAUAUUAAUAUGGAUAGAAUUGACGAAGAAGCUGCUUUGAUGCGUAAACUUAGUCAAAAAUUGACAAGCAUAUCAGCAGCUCCUUUCAAUCCAGCAUACAGUUCUAAAACCAGCUCGAAAUGCAAACUACAUUCGCAAAUGUUUUUGGACGGUCUACGUAACUUGGAUCUAUGGGCAGUCAGAAUGCACGACUCAACCGCCAAAAUAUCGUCGGGAGUGCUAAAUGGAAACGUGAAUUAUUUCGGAGAUUUCGAUCAAUGUCUGAAAAUUCAAGGACCCAUGGAUGACUUAAAAGGGAAAUAUUGUCUAACCUAUCUACAGGCUUCCAUACCGGAAAAUAUGCCGAAACUGCAACACUUAUACGAUUUGAUGCAUUCGCAUGGUGCUUUUGUUAGUGAAUUCGAUGAUCCAGGACAUCGAGUACCCAGAUUUUCAAUGUUAAAUUGGGCAGCUUGUGUUCCAUCAUCCUGUACAGCAAUGGACAUUCAAAUGUCCUUGAAUGACUAUGUACAGAAUUUUACCAAAGGAACAGAUAUUCAUGUUCAGGUACGCGUCGAACCACAGAUGUGCCAAACUAACGAUCGAGACGCAUACGACGAAAAUACGAUAAAAGCAGCAAUUUUCUUCUUAGUUGUUAUAUUGGUGGCCACAUUAUCGACUGUUGUGGACCUUAAAGUGGUCGAUCCAAAUCCGUGGCUGGUGGCAUUUUCCUUGAGAAAAAACCUCCGAGCCACUUUCAAUUUAAAGCGAGCACCAAACGACAUCGAAUGCAUCCACGGCAUUCGAUUUUUCAACGCUUUUCUGCUGUUGGUGUCACACAAAUCAAUGGCAAUCUUUUUCGAUCCUUACAUCAAUCGAACUCAGUUGUCCGAGGCAUUAGGUCAACCAUGGACCGUACUGGGACGAGCUGCGGCCAUUUACACCGACACAUUUUUAAUGUUUAGCGGUUUGCUAACAUCAUAUGCAAUAAUUGGCCGAUUGCAGAAAAACCAAUCACCUCGCAUAUUACAGGAAUAUGUCGGUCGAUUUAUACGGAUCGUACCCACAUUGGGAGCGCUAAUUCUAUUUUGUACGUUUAUCCUACCGCACGUCGAUACUGGACCCCAAUGGAAUCUGGUGGUAACACGACAUGCGGGAAUAUGUAAGCAACAUUGGUGGAGAAAUCUGUUGUUCAUUCACAACUACUUCGGGUUCGAGAACAUGUGUUUGACACACACUCAUCAUCUUGGCAUCGACACCGAACUUUUUGUGGUAGCGCCAUUUCUCAUUUUGAUACUAUGGAAAUGGCCGAAGAAAGGUGCAAUGAUCCUGUUAGGCCUAGCCGGUAUCAGUACCAUAGCUCGAUUUAAUGUUACCGUUGUGGAGAAGCUAUCAAACUACGUUUACUUCGGAACAUCAAUAAAACGACUUUUCAAAACGGCUGACUACAUGUACAGCAUCCCAUUCUAUCGAUCGACAAUUUACAUUUUAGGAAUUCUGCUCGGAUAUGUUCUCCGUGUAUUCAAAGACCACAAACUGACGAAGGCGCAAUUAAAAAUUGGCUGGUGUAUAAACGUGACAAUAUUUCUGCUCGUACUGCUUGGACCAGCUCCGAUGGGUAGCAUUGGUUAUGUUUACAAUGAAUAUCAUGCCGCUAUUUAUGCAGCCUUGGGACCCAUGGCAUGGUGUGGAUUAGCCGGAUGGAUUAUUUUUACAUCGCAUCUGGGCUACCAUAGUCUGCUAAGCCGGCUUUUUUCUUGGCCAGGAUUUUUAGUUACCACACGAUUGUCGUAUGCCAUUUACUUAACACAAUUUCCAGUUUUCUUUUUCAACGUUGGACGAACCAGACAUGCUACACAUUUCAGUUUUCUUAGUUAUACGCUUAAUCUUAACGAAAACAUAUCGAUUGCAUUGGCGUCAAUAGCUUUAACGAUAUUUUUCGACACUCCUUUCCAGAACAUAAAGAAAAUUAUAUUCAGUCCAUCCAAUAAAUCUUCAAUUCCUAGCGGAAUAAGUGUAAAUAAAUCAGAAAAACUUGAACCAAUUUCACAUGCAAAGGAAUUGAAACUUGAAUGAUAAUUGACACGUUCCAUUUCUAAGUUCAUUUUUAAUAAGAAAAAAAAGCUCUGAAAAGCUCUGUGAAAUUCUUCGUUAAGCUUUUUACACAGAGGAAAAUUGAAGACUAAAAUAUUUCUUGGAUUAGACGAUCAACAUCGUUCUCCUUCGAAAUCCGUUCCUUCUAAAAUCAGAUCAUUUAUUGGGGGAUGGUCCAUAUUAGACGGUAUAUUUAGGAAUCGAGCAUGUAAAAAUACGGGGUUUUCGAUUAAUGGCAUCGUGACAUCAGCUGGCACCAUGUAUAAUGUGCGAUUCGUUCAAUCUGACAAUUUCCGAAGUUCUAUGGCCGAACCCACAUGAGUUCUUCUGCGUUGACGGGACCGACAAUUAUGCUGUGUUUUCCAUUGGAAUACGAUAUUCAUUACAGGAUAAGUAACGGAAAACGCAGCAUAAUUGUCGACUUCAUUAACGCAAAAUAGUUCGUGUGCUUUCGGUCCAUAUUAUGUCGCUGUAAUGGCAAUUUCUUCGUAAUACAAGCGAUAGAAAAACGCAUAGAAACUCGUGCUAUCUGUUUUGAGAUCGACACAUUAUUUUGUGAAGAGACACUAAAUCACAACCAUUCAGGUGUCAAUAGCAUCAAACUUAUGUGCUUGGCCGCGCGUCUGAAUACAACGUUUUGUCAAUGAAUGAGACUACCUCCUCAACUAUAUCUACCUUGGCAUUGAAACGAUAUCCCGAAAACAAAAGUGAAUCAAUUGCGUGCUGACCAAAAAUUUUAACUUUGAAUUCUCCUCUGUGUAAAAAACGUUACCAUUUGAAAUUUGCCAUUUCAAGAUAAUCAAAAUGUGUAUUGGUUACAGGUUUACCUCAAAGAAACUUUUAAUAGUGUAAACUUGUCACCGUUCAAAUUUUGAUUACCCUUUAUCUUAGUCACUCGUUUAAUAUGUGAGUUUGUAAAUAAAUAAAUAAAAAAAAUAUUUCUUCACUUUUUG